GAAGCGUUCGCAAAAAGGGUCGCACGCUUCGUACUACGUACGCCGUCAUUCGCCGACCUGCUGCGGCGCGCGCGUACCGCGCUCCUCUCGUCGUCGACGUCGCGUCAGCCGAGUCACUCGGGCGCGCGGCCUCGCCGGGCGAGCAACCACAUCUCGCGCGCAUCAAUGUCUCCAGCGACGCUCUGGACGCAGCCGCAUCGCUGAACAGUUCACCUGCACACCCGUCUGCCUUCCGGCACAUUCCUCACCGGUUCCACAGAACACCCCGCUGUAAACUCAUUGUCACCAAGCGUGUGCACGCUUCUUUAGCCGUAUUCAUCUCCCAUCUGUUUACAUCGCUGUGCUGUAAAGAACUUACUUGCUCAGUCCAGCGGGCAAACUACGAAGACAUGGCCGAGUCGUGCUGACAUUGUUGCUUUCAUGCCAACCAUCUGGAUACCAGCGUGCCUAAAGGCGGUUCAACGGAUCGCAACGCCAUGGUACGCCUGCGCUACGCCACCAAGUCCUGCUUUGGCCUGGCGCUCACCCUGGCAGCGUUCGCCGCGUUCGCACAGUUCCCGAACGUACUGCGUUCAACCUACCGUCACUACGUUAAACGCUCCGCAAGCGAGAGCCUCGUCGGCGAGCCCGUGUUUCGGGACAAGCAGGAGCCCUCGGUGCGAACGAUCGUAGCGGCCGGCGCAGAUCACGACGCUCUUCGUCGUCGUCCCGGCGUCAGCGAGCCGGCCGGCGCGGCGGACAACAAAAUCGAGACGCAGAAGCGCGGAGCCAAACCCGCCGCCGCGUACCGCCUCAUCUCUCGGAAGGCGGAGCAAAACCGGCGCGUUGCCGUCCUCUUAGAAGAGAGCCUCAAGAGGCUGGACAGAGUCGCCGCCGCCGCCAACAAGAGCAAGAAGGUGGCGAGACCGAAGCCGACGUGGCUGCCGCCCUAUAACCCUUCCAAGUACCACUUCACGCUCAACCCGAGCCUGUGUUCCGGAGACGUCCCCAUCGCCUUCCUGGUUCUCGUCCAGUCAGCCAUCAAGAACUUCGACCGGCGAGCACUCGUCAGGGAUACGUGGGGGUCGGUGUGUCGGCACAGCGACUCCUCGACCGGAGACGCUGUGGUGUUGUGCCGACUGGGCUUCGUGCUGGGAACGAGCCCGGACCCCGUGCUGGAGCACAGGCUCCGCGAGGAGUACAGCCGACACGGCGACUUGGUGCAGUCCGAUUUCGUGGACUCCUAUUACAACCUGUCCCUGUCCACGGUGACGGGUCUACGAUGGGCGCACGAGAACUGCAAGAGAUACGGGUAUCUGCUGAAGGCCGAUGACGAUGCGUUCGUGAACAUCGCCGCACUGCGGGGGUACUUGGCCGCCAGGUCCCGGAGGCGCCGGAGGGCCAUCGUCGGCUACCUUAUGAAAGGGUUCCGACCCAACCGGAACCGGGCCAGCAAGUGGUUCACCUCGCCGCAGCUGUUCGCCAAGGCGCGACUGCCGGACUUUGUGAGCGGAUUCGCGUACGUUGUGACUCGCGACGCCGUCGAGCCUCUGUACGCGGCCGCUCGGGUGGCACCCAUCUUUCCCUUCGAGGACGUGUACGUGACCGGCAUGUGCCGAGAAAGACGCCCGUUGCCGCGGGAAGCAACGCGAUUGCUGCUCGAGGGCGCGCCCAGGUUCCACAACCACCGGAAGAAGAGCCGGGGUAAGAAGACACUGUGUUCGUUGUACGGAGGUGUCCUCGCCCAGCAUGAGCUGACGGCAGCUGAGACAAGAAGUCUGUGGGAGGACUUGAAAGCUGGCAGGUGCGGCUAGCCUUUGGCUGCUCGUGAGGUUCGACACUGACAAAGCGAAUGAUGACUAUGACGUUUAGUGUACCACCCUGUACGGACCACCUGCGCGAAGUUACGUAACUGUGGCUGAUCACGAUGCCUGGAAAGCUCACAGAGUUCUUGCGUGCGUGGACACAGAAUUUUGACACACAGCUGGUGAUCAGCAAAACAAUGAGAUCAAGAGAAAGCAGAAAGGUUAAGCAGGUGUGUGUACGGUUUCCUAUUCCGAAUGGUCUUAGAGGGAAAAAGAGCAGAUGGAAGGAUGGAUUAAAAGAGAUAGAAAACCCGAUGCAAGAAAAACAAGCGCAGAACAGCAAAACACGAACUCUGCUGCCCUUAAAGUGUAUAAGCUGGUGGAUCACAAAAAGCACUGUUGGCGACGAAACCUCCCGAUGGCAUGACGCUAAAGGUUGCUUUGUGGUGAAAGAACUGGCACUCUAGAUAUUCUUGACGACCGACGGCUAUGCAGCUUAUAUGCCUCUGAUUUAUUCUUAUUGCGAAUGAAGUGUGGACUAUAGUUCCAAACCAAGCCAACAGAGCGCUCGAACUGCUUUAACACCGGAUUCGAUAUUUCACGUCAUUUCCUGGUGAUUCCGCAGGCGGUUCGUCUGUGACGGCAUGAACUCAAGCAAACACCAGUGUCUUUCAUGCAAAUCUUGGCUAAUCAUCUUUUAUAACAGUCUGUUACUCGCCUAAAUAGCGUUAUAAGGCCUGACCUCGAAGGUGCUGAGCACCCUGGAAGGCGUGUAAAUAAGUUUAUUAAAACAAACUUAAACCACA